AUGUUGCCCAUCCUUUUUCUCGUGCUAUUUACGUUCCCUGUUGACAGUUUGGCUGAGAAGAAGUCUCUCUCAGUUGUCAUCUCGGUCCCACCAAUGUCCGGCCAUGUUUUGAACAUGUUAAUUUUGGGAAAUGCCUUGAGAGAGCAAGGGCACAACGUCACCUUUCUACUCCCCGAAUACACUGAUUAUAGCAAAGGGAGGGCUCUCUGUAAGGAAGCUGGCUUUCCUUGCAUACCCAUACCAGUCAACAGCAGCUAUUAUGAGAUACUGGAGAAUGCCAAUAGAAAAGGGUCCACCUUGCAGCAUAUGAUGACUGUUGUGGAAGAGGUCAUAUUCAAUAUGCAUUCAUCAAUGGAAUAUUUUAUUGAAAAUAAUGGAGCUGAUUUCAGGCAAUGGGACGUUGUUCUAUUAUCUGAUUGGUUUGCUAAUUGGUUUGCUGGGAAUUAUGCUUGUGACGAGGCUAUGAAGCAUCUACGCAUCGUUGGUGUUGCAGCUAGUCCUGUCCCGUUCACAAUACCUUUGUCUCCUUCAUGGCCUUUUCCGUUGGUGAAUAUUUACCCAGACAUGACGGAGGACUUGUCAUUUGUUGAUCGUUUCAAACUGGCAGGCACAAAUAUUGUUACAAAACCUUUGGAAGGUUAUAUUAGCUCUCGUACGAUUUCAAAGAACCAGGAGUGCUGGGAUGAGAAGUACAGUAGGUACUUGCCACUUGGUCAUGCAAUACCUCUAAUAUUCACUACUGUCAUUGGCUUUGAGUAUCCAAAAACUAAUCUUCCAUUAGUCGAUUAUGUUGGUCCUUUUAUUUCAAAGAAACCUGAUCCUCUACCAUCCGAUAUUCAGUCUUGGCUGGACA